CAGGCGGGGCGACAGGCAUCAGGCCCCCAGGCGGGGCGACAGGCAUCGGGCCCCCAGGCGGAGCGGCGGGCACCGGGCCCUCAGGCAGAGCGGCGGGCACCGGGCCCUCAGGCAGAGCGGCAGGCACCGGGCCCCCAGGAGGGGCGGCAGGCACCGGGCCCCCGGGCGGAGCGACAGGCAUCGGGCCCCCAGGCGGAGCGACGGACGCCGGGCCCCCAGGCGGAGCGGCGGGGUGCCGGCCCCCAGGAGGGGCGACAGGCACCGGGCCCCCGGGCGGAGCGACAGGCAUCGGGCCCCCAGGCGGAGCGAUGGGCGAUCGGGCCCCCAGGCGGAGCGGUGGGCGCCGGGCCCCCAGGCGGAGCGCCGGGCGCCGGGCCCUCAGGCGGAGUGGCGGGCGCCGGGCCCUCAGGCGGAGCGGCAGGGCACCGGGUCAUCAGGCACGACAACGGGCAUCGGGUCACCAGGCAUCAGCGGGCACCG